CCAAUGGCGACGGGGAGGGGGCGGGCGAGGGCCGAGGUGUUGCGAGGGCAGAGAACGGGAUUGCUGUUGACUCGGAGGUGCUCUGCGGGAAGCGACGGGGGCGGUAGAGGUGCUGACGGACGUGCCGGCAAACCAGAGGUUCCGGGAAAUACGGAGGUCGUUCCGAGGCCUCCUCCCCGCCGUGCUCCCGCGGCCGGCGCCGUGGGCAUGCGGGCGCGGCCCGCGCGCGCGUGAGAGGAUGGGGACGCAGGGCAGCCCGGUCAAGAGCUACGACUACCUGCUCAAGUUCCUGCUGGUGGGCGACAGCGACGUGGGCAAGGGCGAGAUCCUGGAGAGCCUGCAGGACGGCGCGGCCGAGUCUCCGUACGCCUAUAGCAACGGCAUCGACUAUAAGACGACCACUAUCCUGCUGGAUGGACGGCGGGUCAAGCUGGAACUCUGGGACACAUCGGGCCAGGGCAGGUUCUGCACCAUCUUCAGGUCCUACUCCAGGGGCGCGCAGGGGAUCCUCCUGGUGUAUGACAUCACCAACCGCUGGUCCUUUGACGGCAUCGACCGGUGGAUCAAGGAGAUUGAUGAGCAUGCACCCGGGGUCCCCCGGAUCCUGGUUGGGAACCGGCUACACCUGGCCUUCAAGCGGCAAGUUCCAACAGAGCAGGCACGCGCCUAUGCAGAGAAGAAUGGCAUGACCUUCUUCGAGGUCAGCCCUCUGUGCAACUUCAAUGUCAUUGAGUCCUUCACGGAGCUGUCCCGCAUCGUGCUUAUGAGGCACGGCAUGGAGAAGAUCUGGAGGCCCAACCGAGUGUUCAGCCUGCAGGACCUGUGCUGCCGGGCCAUCGUCUCCUGCACCCCGGUGCACCUCAUCGACAAGCUCCCGCUGCCGGUCACCAUCAAGAGCCAUCUCAAGUCCUUCUCGAUGGCCAACGGCAUGAACGCCGUCAUGAUGCACGGGCGCUCCUACUCGCUGGCCGGUGGGGCAGGCGGGGGCAGCAGCAAGGGCAACAGCCUCAAGAGGUCCAAGUCCAUCCGCCCCCCGCAGAGCCCGCCCCAGAACUGCUCAAGGAGCAACUGCAAGAUCUCCUAGCAGGACGGGCCGGGUGCCACCCCGUCCGGUUCGCUCCGGGAGGGCUCACGCUCGGGGAGCGUCUCUGGCCGGGCGCUGGGCCUGGCGCUGUGUGCAGGGAAGGCUUUGACCUCGCCGCCUCCUGGGAAGCCUGGGGGCUCACUGCGCGGGCAGUGGUCUGGGCCGGAGAGCGCUGCGGGGAUCUUGGCGGAACAAGCCCGGGACCCCGCAGGGCCGUGCGGCUGGGAAGUGCCCGGGGGCAGCUCUGCCCGGCCCGGCCUCAAGGGGGCGGCCCUUGGGGACCCAGGAGGCCUGGCUCCCUUUCUUAUUUAUGUGGAAGACGUUCACCUUUCUGUACAUUUUUAAAGGACGGGCAGGGAGGCCUUUGGUGCAGCCACACGUGAGCCCCCGUCAGCUGUGGGCUCAAGCUUCGGGACCUUGGGAGAGGGAGGGGAUUUGAGGCAAAGACGAGGAGGAACCCCCAAGACUUCACCCUUUGAGUUCAGACACGUCACGCGGGGUGUGGGCUGUGCAGAGACCAUAGGGGACAGGUGGGAGCUUCGGGCAGGGCUCUAGGGCCCGUGGCUGCCUCCGCCAGCCUGAGUACGGGGCUCCUUGUGCCCCCCUAAGGGGCUGGGCAGCCCGCACGGCUCCGGCGGUCUGAAUGGUGCGGCCACACCUUCCUGGGUGACAUCCUGCGCGUCUCAGAUGGGCUCAGAGCUGGGGGCAAUCUCCUAGGUUCCCCAGGGGAAUGUUGGGGCUUCUCAGAGGGGAUAGUGGGAUGCACUUCCCCCCGUGUCCCUCCACGUGUGGGGGCGAACAGCCUCCCCCUUGACUCUGCCCCUUCCCUUCCGGUCCUGUCUCUGUCUGUUGCUCCAUGAAACCGGCCCAGCAUCUCCCGUGAGAAGGCGCCGAGAUCCUCAGGGGGGCUGCCGGAUGCUCUGCGGGUCUGGACAGAUCUGCCUGUUUGUCUCCUGGGGCACCUGGCCUCCACUCUUGCCACCUUCCGUCUGCUGGCCUCGGGUGUGACCCCACAGCUGCUCCUGGCCUGGCGUCACCCCUCGGGGUCACACGUCACCAGAACCGUUCUGACCCAGAUUUUCUUAGUGAUGCUGCCUGGAGUGGUCCCGGCAGCAGAGACACCGAGCCUCUCCUGGAGAACCCGCCAGCCAGCCUCCUCCUGCCACCUGGUUGGUGACACGGCCACCGGGUCACACUGGUGCUCAGCUCUACCUCCUACUCACGGCCCCAUCCUGGGCUCUGGGACUCUCCUGUCCUGGGUGUCUGGGAGGCAGGGUGGGGGCCGUGGCCCGGGUGUGCAGGGGCACCCAGGGUCCCCGUGUGAGGCCUGGCCUCAGCAGGGUCAGGCAGAGGAGGCCACACCCAUCCUGUCUUGCCUGUCAGGCCCCUUUCUUCGGACUUUGAACCCCGUCACACAGACUGUGUUUUGAGGACGUGGACAGUCCUACGUUCACCUUAUCAACACUACUUUUCGCUGCUGACACACCAUUCCUGUGCUCAUUUUGGACGGUUUUUGUUUCUUUGUACAGUAAACCUAAUUCAGCUCUGA